CUUGCUUAAGUUCAGUCCCCACCUCAAAAAACAACGCCUCAGAAAUCCCCAAUCUUUUCUUCUAAAACAGAUCCCAAACCAAUUGCAUUCUAUCCAUCCCUAAAUCUCUCUGUUUCCUCGCACACCCUACAAUUUCCUCUUUUUCCCGCCCGUUAAAACCCUAAAAGAAACCUCUUUAAUUUAAAUAAAAACCCUAGAUUCAUCCAAAUUGCACCACAGAUCCCUAAUUUUAUAACAAAUUUCUACAUUGAUUCAUAUAUUUUGUUUCCGUACAGUUAUGGUUGAGAAUCAAAAUGGAAGACAGUAAAUUGAUGUUUGAUAAUUGCAGAGAAAAUGAGAGCUCCAGUAAUAGCAAGCCGCCGAAUCCUAUUGCUGGAGGAGGGCACCGUUUAGUGGCUUCUGCCACCAAGAGGUCCCUUGUUCGACACCCCUCUUUGGUGAGAACCAAGUUAUCAGAUGUUUCUCUUGAACCAAGGGCAGCUACAGGUGAUCAUGCAACGGAGUACAUUCCAUUGCUUCGCUCAGGUGCUUGGGCGGACAUUGGAUCUCGGUCAAGCAUGGAAGACGUGUAUGUGUGUGCCGACAAUUUUAUGAGCCACUAUCGAUCAACUAGUUCUAAUGAAGGGAAUCGUGCCUUCUAUGGGGUUUUUGAUGGACAUGGAGGAAAGCAUGCAGCUGACUUUGCGUGCUACCACUUACCAAGGUUUAUUGCGGAGGAUGAAGACUUCCCAAGGCAGAUUGAUAGGGCAAUUUCUUCUGCAUUCUUGCAAACUGAUACUGCCUUCGCAGAAGCCUGCAUCUUGGAUGCUGAUCUUGCUUCUGGUACCACUGCUUUGGCAGCCCUUGUUAUUGGAAGGUUCACUUGCUUUCUGUUGAAGAGAACAUUUAAUCAUCUUUUUUGCAUUAAAAUCAUUUGCGGCACUGUUUAGUUUUUGUUGUUUUCAUUAUUUUUGGCUGGGGUCAGGCAAAAUGGAUUAAGUCAGGUUCAGGGUAGGUUUGAUUUGGAAGCAAUUCAAUAUAACUUGCA